AUGGGUGACAUCAUCCGCCAGGCACCCGCGCCGGACGCCGCCGGGAAUUACAAAAAGGAAAGGGACAAAAAGGGCCCUUUUGUCCCCGCGCGGCCGCCCGCUCCCCCUGCCCGGCGCUCCGCGGAGCUCCGCGUUUCCCGGCAUUCGCGGAGCGUUCCCGGGCCCGUUGCUGCCUCCGGCUCGGAGGGGCUGCGGGAGCUUGACCUGAUCUUACGUGUUCUUCUUCGCUUGCAGGCUCAGAAGAAUGAGAGAGAGUCCAUCAGGCAGAAGUUGGCCCUCGGCAGCUUCUUCGACGAUGGCCCCGGGAUUUACACGAGCUGCAGCAAGAGCGGCAAGCCCAGCCUGUCGUCCCGGCUGCAGAGCGGGAUGAACCUGCAGAUCUGCUUCGUGAACGACAGCGGCAGCGACAAGGACAGCGAUGCCGACGACAGCAAGACCGAGACGAGCCUCGAUACUCCCUUGUCCCCCAUGAGCAAGCAGAGCUCUUCCUACUCCGACCGAGACACCACGGAAGAGGAGUCGGAAUCCCUGGACGACAUGGAUUUCCUCACGAGGCAAAAGAAACUACAAGCUGAAGCCAAAAUGGCCUUGGCUAUGGCAAAGCCAAUGGCCAAAAUGCAAGUAGAGGUGGAAAAGCAGAACCGCAAGAAAUCUCCAGUAGCUGAUCUUCUGCCACAUAUGCCUCAUAUAAGUGAAUGCCUGAUGAAGAGAAGUUUAAAACCCACUGAUCUGAGAGAUAUGACUAUCGGGCAGCUACAAGUGAUAGUCAAUGAUCUCCACUCACAAAUAGAAAGCUUGAACGAGGAGCUGGUGCAGCUGCUGCUCAUCCGGGACGAGCUGCACACGGAGCAGGACGCGAUGCUGGUGGACAUCGAGGACCUGACCAGACACGCGGAGAGUCAGCAGAAGCACCUGGCAGAGAAGAUGCCGGCCAAGUGAGACGAG